UUAAUUAUUGAUGAAAAUGAUACAAAGUAUUUUUUGCGAUUUAAAUUCCAAUACACUUAAUAAAUAAUAUUUUGUAAACUUGGUACGAUCUGUCAUAGAAAAUCGAAAAAGAAUUAGAAAGGAUGGAUUAUUAAUUUCUAUAUAAUAAUUUCUGUUUCAAGGAAUAAUCAAAAGAUGAAAUUCUGGAAGAUAGAGCUCUCUCUCUCUCUCUCUCUCUCUCUCUCUCUCCCUCUGUAUGUGUAGAGAAAAAUGGAGAAGAUUCAUAAAUCGUGUUAAUGGCUGGGGGGUGAAGCAAUGGAUGGGUGGAUGGAUCUGGGUUUUGGUUGAUGGACGCUGAAUUUAUGCUCCAGCCUCAAGCAUGUAUGUGGUGCUUCGUUUUGUUUUUCCUGAGCCUCAGAUCUAUCAUAAGAAGCAGAAACCUGCAUGGCUUGAUUCGUUCUUACGUACAGACUUUUUAGGUGCUUGCUUGAUUCAUGAAGGGCGUAAGAGUGAGCUAAACGUAUACUGCAUUAAUUGUGAUGCUGGUAUGUGUGAAUCUUGUGUUUCUGCUGAUGCACAUUCCAAUCAUAAAAAACUGCAAAUAUAUAAGCAUGUGCAUAAAGAUGUUGUUCUCCUCGCCGACAUGCAGAAGCAUAUAGACUGUUCUCAAAUCCAGCCUUAUAGAUGCAAUGGUAAGAAAGUUUUAGCCGUAAACCCUCUUCCGCACUCUGGACGGGAACUGAAUUCUGGUGAAAUGUGCAAAGUUUGCCAUCGGAUCAUAUUUAAACCAAGCAUCUAUACCUACUGCUCUAUCUCAUGCAAGGUAAUAAUUGUGUUAAACAAUAUAUUCAUAAAAUUUGGCAUUUGCGCUCUUUUUUCACAUCAAUAUUCUCAGGUCGCAGCAGUUUCUACAAAUCUGACCAGUUCAGAUCCUCCCUAUCUUGCCCCAAAAAAGCCAAAAAAGAAGCCCCCACCAAAGCCAAGUGUGAAUAAGACACAGAGUCCCCCGAAGAGGGUGAAUAAGAGAAAAGGGGUGCCUAGCAGAGCACCUUUCUUUUAAACUGAGGAAGGAAACAUGAUCCCUGCUACUGAAUGAUGGAGUGUGGACUCAGGCAGCAGUGAAGAGGUCUGUCUUAAUGGGGAACUUACGAUGGAUAAGCUCAAAUAAGAAAAACCAUGCUUGGAAACUGGUCUUAUUAGUAGGUUAUGCUAUCACUAUGCUUUUUGUGGUUCUGUAUUUGCCAUGACUUGUAGACGUACCCUGCUUUGAACUCUUUAACGUUUGCUGUGUUUUUUGCUUGUUAUGAAUUUGCCAUGACUGAUCAUCCUAUGUAUGCAUCUGCUCUGAACUCUUAACACUUGCUCAGUUAAUGGAGCUCCAUGGAUGACACCCCUAUAAGCAUUGGUGCAGCCUUUGUUA